AUGGCGGUGACAAUGGCCGUGACAAUGGCGGUGACAAUGGUGACACUGACGACCCCAAAUCCCACAGAGACCCCAGAGACUCCAAAUCCUACAGACACCCCAAAUCCUAUUGAGAUCCCCCCAGGAGAGACCCCAAAUUCCACAGAGACCCCAAAUCCCACAGAGACCCCAAAUCCCACCGAGACCCCGAAUCCUACAGAGAUCCCACAGAGAGACAGACCUUCCCCAGAGACCCCAACGCCUACAGAGACCCCAAAUCCCCCCGAGACCCCAAAUCCUACAGAGAUCCCAGAGACCCCAAAUCCCACAGAUACUCCAUAG